GUGAGAGUUUACACAGAACAGACCACACACUGCAGGGAAGAGCACACGGGAGAAAACACUCACUCACACACGCACAGAACACACACGCACACACACACACUCUCUCUCUCUCUCUCUAUCAGGAUCAUCAGAGAAAAGAACGUUCAAACCCAUCAGGUCGGCAGCUGUAAUCAUCAUGGCAUUAGGAGGAUGUGGACAGAUCUGCAAAUGGAUCGUCAUCCUGUUCAACAUACUCCUAAUCUUGGCGGGUAUGGCUUUAUUAGCAGCUGGAGUGUAUCUGCAAUUCAGUGCAAUCACACUUGAGGAGUUGAAAACCAAACAUUUCAUCUUCAUGGUCGGACUAUGCAUAGCCAUUGGUGUUGUGAUUCUCAUCACUGCCUCGGUUGGAGAUUACGGCUCCUGUAGUGAGAAUAAAUCUGCACUCAGUGUGUACUGCUCUCUGCUGGUUUUGCUCGCUGCAGCAGCUGCCAUCGGAGGCGGCGUGGCCUUUGUUAACAACAAAGAGUUCUCAGGCCACGUUGCAGAGUUUUACGCCACCAUCUAUGCCCAGUACCUGAUUAAAGGAGACAUGAUCCGAGCCUUCAUCCUCAAACUGUUCCACAAUGCUUUUGACUGCUGUGGCUUGGGAGGAGUUGUGCAGACGGUCAUAGGUGUUACCAAUAUCUGUCCAAAGCAGUCAUCCAUUCUGGGACUUUCUUACUCCACCUCUUCUAGUUGCCUGCCUGUGAUUACAAGCCAGCUGGAGGCCUCCACAGUGCUGACAUUUUUUAUGGUUAUUGCUGGUAUUCUGAUCAUGGUUGUUGUUUGCGCUGGUUUUAUUUACCAGCAGCUGUCUCGCCCUGUCGUUGCGUCUCCCCCGUACAUCCCUCUCUCCCCGACUCCUUUGUCUCCCUCCUCCUAUACCAUCUGCUCCACUACUACCUCUCCUCCAGCCUACACCACUGUGGCUGAAAAAGUCUGAUCUAACAUAAAGCAGACUCUCCUGCAUACUUAUUAAGUCAUUUAUCUCUUUUUUGUUUCUUUACAUACCUGUCCUUUUCAGAAUAAUUAUGGUUAGUGGAUGAUUGGCAGAGUUCUCUCUGUCUUCUAUUAGUUCACAGUGUUCUAUUUGAAACUUUUCUUUUUGCUCUUCUCUUCUGGUUUUCACUUCUUUCUUUCUCCCUCUCUCUCCUUCUCUCUCCAUCUCUCUGGUAGUUCCUGGUGUUGGUCUGCAGUGUUGUGCUCUGCUCCAGCAUAAAGAACAAUGUCCACUACACACCACCACUCUUCUACUGACCCACAAAAACUCAACGAUGCAGCAUGCCAUCCUUCUGUCCUCCACUUAAUAUUUAAUUUUCUCCAUCUAUGUUUUCGUAUCCUUCUCUCAUCUUGUCAAUCUCCACUUCCCCCCUUUCACCUCCCAGCCUUCUCCUGGAUUACAUGCAGUCUCAUCCUUCUGUCUCUCCUACACCUGAUCUCCUCUUGUCCUUCACUUCGCCACUCAGUUUUCUCAUAUUCUCCAUUACUCUCCAAAUAUCCUCCAAACUUCUCCUAAUCCCUUGUCCUCCACCCAAUCUUCUUUUCUCUUCUUCUCCAUCACUUCUCUUCGGUCUUCUUCCACUCCUACUUCAUGCCCCCCCCCCCCGCCUUUCUUCACUUCCUGUCUUUUAUUCCAUCUAUUCCUCGUUUUCUCUAGAAGAUUUGUCUAUGCAAGUGGAAGAGAUAUCAGCAUCGAUGUGCCACUGAGGAGAGCAGGCUUAAACACACACACACACACACACACACACACACACACACACACACACACACACACACACACACACACACACACACGUGGUGUUUCAAUUUAGUUAUUUAUUUUUGUAGUUAAAUGAUGCAAAGGAAAAUUGUUUAUCUUUAUCAGUUUUUCACUAAAAGCACUUUUCUUCAGAGGACCAGGCAAAAUUCCACUCAAAGCCCAAAUCUGUCAUGCAUUCCUAUCAUUAUCAUCUUCAAAAAGAUCUAAAAUCAUAGAAAUUUAUACAUUCCAAAUGCCAUAACACACACACACACACACACACACACACACACACAUUUUUCAAAUCGUUUCCAUUUCAUAAUUUUUUUUGCUUUUUGUUUUUAUUGCACUUUUAUUAAUGCUGUACAAGUUUAGCAUUUAGACUGAUUACAUUUUUACGUGUGUGAAAUGGAGAGUUAAUGUUACAUUCUCCUUCCUAGAGCAUGAAAAAUGUAUGUUUUUCCUAUAUUAAUAAACUUUGAUGUGGACAUCA